AUGGAAGCUGCCGCAGAAACACAGAACGACCUGAUCAACCUACUCAACGAGAAAAACGUCGCUCUCACUNNGGAAACCAAGGCCGAAGCAGCUCAGAGUGCUGGUGCUGUCAACAAGAUCAUCGAAGAGAACCUUCAACUCAAGUCUGAAAAUGAGCGUCUUCAAGCCGAGAUCAAGGAACUCAGAAUCAAGCUGUUUGACGCAACUCAACAAGAACGCAAGAUGAAUGCUGGACGCCUGCACGAUGUUCUCAAGGUUCUUUGA